AUGUCAACUUUGGAAUAUUGUGAUACAAUCGCACAAUGUAGGUCUUCGUGGAAAAACGUCCACAAUUGUAAACAAUGUCCCUAUUUUACGACAUCAUUUUUUCAUAUAUUCAACCACGUGAGACAACACCGUCUAUUUCUGGAAGAAUUUACCUGCGAGAACACCAAAAUGGAACCCUAUUACUGCAAAGACUGCCACUUUAAAACCGAACUAAUGAUUCUGUUCAAACAACACAUCGACAAACAUCACCGAGAAUCCGGAGUCGAUUUAUCAAACGACGACUUCAAUAUACACAACUACGUUUGCAAAAAGUGUAACUUUAAAACAAAUUUUUCGUUGAAAUGGCUGCGACAUGUUUCGUUUUGCAAGCGACCAAAAACUGUGGUUUCUUCGAAGGAGAACAUCAAGUACAACUCCUACUUGAAGCAAAGCGACGAAAUCGGUUGGUACUACUGUACGGAAUGUCCCUACAAAGCCAAAGUGAAAAAUUAUUUAAAAGCUCACAUAGAAGCGCGUCAUUUGAACAAGCAAUACGCUUGCGACAAGUGUUCGUUUAAAAGUGCACGAAAGUCAGGUUUGAAGCUCCACAUAAAUCAGAUCCAUUUAGAUGAUGAAGACGCUAAUUGGUUUUACUGCGAAAAAUGCGUUUUUAAAACUAGGUCCCAGACUAGUUUACGAAGACACAUAAACAAUUUGCAUUCGAACAACGAAGACGUUCAAUGGAGUCAGUGUAAAUAUUGUCCAUUUAAAACUAGAGCGAAAGAGUAUUUAAAACAACACAUAAAGUCGUUACAUGAAGAGAACGCGAAAUGGUACGAAUGUGCGAGCUGUUCGUAUAAAAGUAAAAGGAAAGAUCAUUUGAAAAUGCAUGUGACUAUACAUCAUUUGGAUAUCAAGUCGUUCCAGUGCAAAUUGUGUCCGUACAAGAGCAAACUGAAAAGUUACUUAAAGACUCAUAUGAAGAACCGACAUCCAGAUGGAACGGAUGAUAAAUGA